GCUCCAAAGUUAGAUGUGAACACUCCAGAUAUCAACAUGGGUUCACCCAAAGCAAAAUUAAAGAUGCCCAGAAUAAAGAUGCCGAAAUUUAGUGGUCCAAGCCUAAAAGGACCUGAGAUUGAUGGCAAUUUUGAUGGCCCAGACAUGGAUAUUAAUGCACCCAAUGUCAAUCUGAAAGGUCCUAAAGCUGAUUUAGAAAUGCCAGACUUGGAUAUCAGUGGUCCAUCAGGAAAAUUCAAAAAGCCAAACUUAAAUCUUCCAGAUUUUGGGCUUUCUGGUCCCAAGUUAGAUGGCCCCAACCUGGGGCUCAAAUCACCUGAUCUAGAUCUAUCUGGUCCCAAUCUCAGUGGUGGUUUAAAUGCACCAGACAUAAACAUGCCCAAGGUUGAUCUUAAAAGCCCCAAACUGGACCUCAAUGCCCCAAAGCUCAACUUAGACAUGCCGUCAGGUAAACUGAAAAUGCCGGAGCUUAAUGCUCCAGACUGGGAUGUUAAUGCUCCCUCGGGCAAAUUGAAAAUGCCCAAAUUAAACCUUUCUGGCACAAUGCCAAAGGGACCAAAUUUGGACAUAAACACUGACUUCAAAUCACCAGAUUUAAAUCUGAAAGCUCCAAAGAUAAAGGGUGGAAUUGAUGCCCCUGACUUGGACUUGCCAAACAUGGACCUUAAAGCUCCAAAGUUAGAUGUGAACACUCCAGAUCUCAACAUUGGUUCACCCAAAACAAAAUUCAAAAUGCCCAAACUGAAAAUGCCUAAAUUUAACUUCCCAGGCCUAAAAACACCUGAAAUUGAUGCAAACUUGGAUGGUCCAGAUGUUGAUGUAAAUGCACCCAACGUCAAUCUGAAAGGUCCUAAAGCUGAUUUAGAAAUGCCAGACUUGGAUAUCAGUGGUCCAUCAGGAAAAUUCAAAAAGCCAAACUUUAACCUGCCUGAUUUUGGGCUUUCUGGUCCAAAGUUAGAUGGCCCCAACCUGGGCUUCAAAUCACCUGAUCUAGAUCUAUCUGGUCCCAAUCUCAGUGGUGGUUUAAAUGCACCAGACAUAAACAUGCCCAAGGUUGAUCUUAAAAGCCCCAAACUGGACCUCAAUGCCCCAAAGCUCAACUUAGACAUGCCGUCAGGUAAACUGAAAAUGCCAGAGCUUAAUGCUCCAGACUGGGAUGUUAAUGCUCCCUCGGGCAAAUUGAAAAUGCCUAAAUUAAACCUUUCUGGCACACUGCCAAAGGGACCAAAUGUGGACAUAAACACUGACUUCAAAUCACCAGAUUUAAAUCUGAAAGCUCCAAAGAUAAAGGGUGGAAUUGAUGCCCCUGACUUGGACUUGCCAAACAUGGACCUUAAAGCUCCAAAGUUAGAUGUGAACACUCCAAAUCUCAACAUUGGUUCACCCAAAACAAAAUUCAAAAUGCCCAAACUGAAAAUGCCUAAAUUUAACUUCCCAGGCCUAAAAACACCUGAAAUUGAUGCAAACUUGGAUGGUCCAGAUGUUGAUGUAAAUGCACCCAACGUCAAUCUGAAAGGUCCUAAAGCUGAUUUAGAAAUGCCAGACUUGGAUAUCAGUGGUCCAUCAGGAAAAUUCAAAAAGCCAAACUUUAACCUGCCUGAUUUUGGGCUUUCUGGUCCAAAGUUAGAUGGCCCCAAUCUGGGGCUCAAAUCACCUGAUCUAGAUCUAUCUGGUCCCAAUCUCAGUGGUGGUUUAAAUGCACCAGACAUAAACAUGCCCAAGGUUGAUCUUAAAAGCCCCAAACUGGACCUCAAUGCCCCAAAGCUCAACUUAGACAUGCCGUCAGGUAAACUGAAAAUGCCAGAGCUUAAUGCUCCAGACUGGGAUGUUAAUGCUCCCUCGGGCAAAUUGAAAAUGCCCAAAUUAAACCUUUCCGGCACACUGCCAAAGGGACCAAAUGUGGACAUAAACACUGACUUCAAAUCACCAGAUUUAAAUCUGAAAGCCCCAAAGAUAAAGGGUGGAAUUGAUGCUCCUGACUUGGACUUGCCAAACAUGGACCUUAAAGCUCCAAAGUUAGAUGUGAACACUCCAGAUCUCAACAUUGGUUCACCCAAAACAAAAUUCAAAAUGCCCAAACUGAAAAUGCCUAAAUUUAACUUCCCAGGCCUAAAAACACCUGAAAUUGAUGCAAACUUGGAUGGUCCAGAUGUUGACAUCAAUGCACCCAACGUCAACCUCAAAGGGCCCAAAACUGACUUUGAAAUACCAGAUGUUGAUUUUGGCAGCCCAACAGGAAAAUUUAAAUUUCCUGAUGUGGGCUUUUCUAGUCCAAAGUUAGAUGCCCCAAACUUUGACUUUAAGUCACCAGAUCUCAAUGCCAAAUUACCAAAAGGUCCAAAUCUGAACAUAAAUUCAGACCUAAAAGCUCCAGAUUUUAAUCUCAAAGCUCCAAAAUUGAAAGGUGGAAUCGAUGCCCCUAAAUUUGGAUUACCAAACAUGGAUCUUAAGGCACCCAAAUUAGAUAUGAACACUCCAGAUGCUAGCCUUGGUCUCCCUGAUACAAAGUUCAAAAAGCCAGAAAUCAAGAUGCCAAAAGGCCCCAAUAUUGACAUAAAUGGGGACCUACAGGGGCCUGACCUGAAUAUCCCAAAUUUAGAUGUCAGUGGUCCCGAAGGUAAAUUCAAAAUGCCAAGUUUGAAUACACCAGACCUCAAUCUCUCUGGACCUAAGGCCAAAAUUCCAGACAUGAAUCUUUCAGGACCUAAACUGAAAGGCCCUGAUAUAAGUAUGCCAGACAUAGAUUUGCCUAAUGCCAAUUUCAAAGGUCCCAAGCUAGACCUCAAUGCGAAAUGUCCUGACCUAGGAAUAGAUGGUAACAUCGGGCAACCUGAUAUGAGAUUUACUGCCCCUAAUGUCAAAGGAGGAAUAAGUGGUCCAGACAUUGGUAUGAAUAUUCCCUCAGGCAACAUCCAAGGUCCGGACGCUGAUCUUGAUUUGGCUGACAGAAAAUUCAAACUCCCUUCUUUCAAGAUGCCUCAGUUUGGAAGCCCAGAUCUUAACGGGGUAGGGUCUGAUAUUGACUUUGGUGCAUCUCUGAAACCAACAAAUCUGGAUAUUUCUCCUCCAAAUGCAAAACUGAACAUGAAACCAAUGCAGUUGGUGGGGGAUUUCACAGGUCCAAAUGUUAGUGUUCCAAACAUGCCAAAAGCAGCGCUGCGAAGUCCACAGCUAAAUGUUAAUGCUCCAAACAUGCCGAACGCAGCAAUGCGAGGUCCACAGUUAAAUGUUAAUGCUCCAAACAUGCCGAACGCAGCAAUGCGAGGUCCACAGCUAAAUGUUAGGGCUCCAAACAUGCCAAAAGCAGCAAUGCGAAGUCCACAGCUAAAUGUAAAUGCUCCAAACAUGCCGAAUGCAGCGAUGCGCAGUCCACAGCUAAAUGUAAAUGCUCCAAACAUGCCAAACGCAUCGAUGCGAGGUCCACAGCUAAAUGUUAAUGCUCCAAACAUGCCAAACGCAUCGAUGCGAGGUCCACAGCUAAAUGUUAAUGCUCCAAACAUGCCGAACGCAUCGAUGCGAGGUCCACAGCUAAAUGUUAGGGCUCCAAACAUGCCGAAAGCAUCAAUGCGAAGUCCACAGCUAAAUGUAAAUGCUCCAAACAUGCCAAACGCAGCGAUGCGGAAGCCACAGCUCCAUCUCAAAUCUCCAGAUCUUAACAUUGAUGAUCCUUCACUACAUUUCAGAGGACCUUCGUAUAGGAAUCGCAGAUCAGAUAUCCCAGGGGUUAACAUGAGAAUGGCUGUCCUGGAUGUAGAUCGAGUUGAUUUCAGCCAUACAGAUCUCAACAUUGAUGAUUUCACAGGAAAGGAGCAUGUGCUUAGAGCUAGAGGUUCCAAACCUAACCUCCAGGCACCACCUAACUAUGGACAGGUGAUCUCCCCAUCAGGUGUUAAUAUUGGCAUGAGGGACCCAAGACACUCUAGAAGAAGUCCUCCUGGUGAUAUGUAUUCAAGGCAGCACGGAACAAUGCAGCCGGUAACUUACGCACGUUUGCCACAUGUUUCUCAAGAUCCCAGAGUAAGAGUCCCUGGAGGUUCGGAUGGAUACUACAUCACUGUUUUUGACAAACAAGCACAAAAUCAGAGAAUGCCUAACCGCAAAUACAACACACUUGGGGGGCCUGGCUUUCAUCCACAAGACAUAGACCUCGAAGUUCCAGAUAAAAAUUACCAGAAAGGGGGUUCGACUUUCUUUUUCUCCGACCUCAUGUAGGUUUUAAACCACUGAUGUUUCCAAAAGCGGCACCAAAUGUUUCGUUCAGUGUGCUUUUUAUGUUGGGAUUAUUUAUUGUGAAUUACAGUGUUGUAUGUUUAAUGUAUUUUAUGCAUUUUUAAAAAGUCUCACGUUCUGCCACAUUUAAGUUUUUGUUAUUUUAUGUAUAAAACCAAUCUCGUUGCCUACAUUAUAAGGGAGCAUUCUUGCACUUUUUUAUAUGUAAAUUUAGUUUUGUAACUUGUACUACGUUUGUACUAUACAAUAUACAAUAUUUUUUUUCUGUGUACAUUUAAGUUAAGGCACCCAAAAUCUCCAAAAAACACCGGUUUUCUCUGAUGUUGAAACACAAAGAGGUCAUUUUUGUAUUUAAGGGCACUAUUAUAAGAUCAAAGGAUGUAAGUUUUUUUGUUACAUAUCAUCAACUGAAUGUUAAAAUAUCCAACGUUGUGCAUAUGUUUAUAUUAUACUGCAUGUCUGUACUUUUUAAACACCCACUUUAUUUUAUAUUCAUUAGGGAUGUAUAUAGUUGAGUUUAUAUAAUUUUUAUAACUAUUUUUUAACAGGGUUCUUGCCUCAACAUAUUUGAGCAAUAAUAUAAGAGAUGAUGAAAUGAUUUAAGAUGAGUAUAUGUUCUAAACUGUAAAAACUGCCUUACGCCAUUUUUUCAAGUGACCAUGGAGCUAUUUAAAUGUGUUAAAAUUGCCAGACCAUAUGUAAAAUUGUUGAAUUGUAUGACAUAAUAAACACAAAUAUAUGUACAGUA